CUGUCUGCCAUCGAUAAUGGUGCUAUGAUUGAUAUCAAUGGCAUUGCCUUCAGAGGUGCACUCUGUGACAGUCGAAGUGUGUCGAUUGUAGAAAAUGACAGAAACGGUGCCGUAUGUCAUGUAGCUGCCCAUGAGCUCGGCCACUCUCAAAAUGCGGAACACGAUGUUGACGCUGGCUGUAACGAUGCAGAUGGUUUCAUCAUGGCAACGGCUUUUACUCGACCCAUGACCGUCAAUCCGGGCAACUUCUUCAGCUUCUCCACAUGCUCCAUAAAUACCUUUAUCGCCUUCUACAACACACUCAACACCCAGAAUGACAACUGCGCCUUGGUAGAAAAUGUUCCUGGUGGGUCAGUUCUUGCUACCAAUGGGAUGAUUGCUGGGCAGGUUACAGAUGCUGACGCACAGUGUGCAAGGGCCUUCCCUGGAACACGUUUCUGUCGGAGAACUACAAUUUUAGAUGACAUGUGUCAAACGAUUCUGUGCGGAGUGGAUGCAGGAACUGGGGAAGACUGUCCUAACUCCAUUGUCCCCUUAGACAGGACGAGCUGUGGUAAUCAGAGGUGGUGUGUUCAAGGCCAGUGUAUUCAGGCUAAUGGAGCUCCUGCUAGAGCACCGAAUUGCCCACAAGGAGAUGAUCCGAAUCGUUCCUGCAACCAGGCUCGCUGUCCGUUCAGCCCAGUAGUAUGCUGUGAAACAUGUGGCGUCGUGCCACCGACUGUAGCAUUCCCCACGACCACAGGGACAACUACAACAACCAAUACUGUAACUGCAAGUGGUGCAAGUACUGCAACCCCAAGUGGUGCAAGUACUGCAACCACAAGUGGAACAAGUGUCACUUCAGGGGUGGCACUUUCUGUUGUCCGAUUUAAUAUUAUUUUAUGCUGAAGUGUCUUGGAAUAUUGCUUAAAUUUCACAGAAGUGAAGGAGAAUCUGCUUAUCCGUAUUUUAAUUCCCUGCCUAUUUUUAUCUAUAUAUGUGAAAUGUAUUUUGGUAAAAGAAAAGAAGAUUGAGUCUUUAUCCAAAGAAACUCUUUGUUGAGUUAUAGAUUGCUGACAAUAACCCUCUCGUCAUACCGUAAAUCACAACUUUUUCAUAUCGUAAGACAUUCUGUUUUACAUAUUUUGUGUGUAAAAAAGUCCUGGUCUGCAGAUGCGGAAAAUUGAAUAA